AUGUCUCCAUUGAAAGAGUGGAAGCUUUGGUUGGUCAAGUAACGAAGGAGCAUUUAGCUAAGGGCAUGAUUUACCCUCCAUUCACUAAUAUCAGAAAGAUCUCUGCUCACAUUGCUGCUAAGGUAGCUACUAAAGCAUUUGAACUUGGUGAGUACAUUUUCUUUUCCCUAUUUUUGUUCAAAGUUACUUGCCAAGACAUGAAUUUAUGUUUGCCACAUUACAUAAAUGCUUUGUAG